GGAGAGGAGCGGAGCAGACAGACAGAGAGCUGCCAGGCUGCGCUGACAGCAGAGGUUUACAUCCGAGCGCCGGAGACGUGCUGGACUUUCUACGCUGAGACGCUCCCCGGUGAUAAUAUUCACACAGAAAAAAAAGAGAGAGCCUUGAUCUUUAUAAACACAAAGAGAGAGGAAGAAGAGAGGACGCAGCGCUGUUCGGAGAGACUGACGAGGCAAGUGCGAAGGAGAGUCGGCACCAAGUUGCUUCUGCGCUCCGCUGCUGCGCCGAUGGCAUCCGUGCUUGGAAACAGCAGCCGCGGCUCGGGCGCUCCGAGCGGCCAGGUUAGAUGCAAACUGAAGCGGAGGAGGAGGAGGCGAUCCAAGAGGAGAGCAGAGAAAGUCAGUAUGCUGUCGGCAUUGAUCGCUCCCUUCAAGUACAUAAGCCCUGGGACUAGCAGCACGGAGGACGAGGACAGUUUGAGCACAAGCAGCGCAGAAGUAAAGGAAAACCGUAACAUCGGUAACUUAGAGGAUCUUCCCAUCAGCUCUGGAGAAUGCCAGUCUCUUUUCUGCUCUGACUCUUCGAGAGGGGCAAGCUCUGGCCUGAAGAGGAAACGGCCUCUGGAGGAAGACAACAAUGGACACAUGUGUCAGCUGCGCCUGAUCUAUAAGAAACUGUCCUGGUCUGAGGCGCCAAAGAAUGCCCUGGUGCAGUUAAACGAGCUUCGACCAGGCCUGCAGUACCGCAUGGUAUCCCAGACUGGCCCUGUCCAUGCUCCUGUCUUCUCUAUUGCUGUUGAGGUUAAUGGACUGACCUUUGAGGGAACAGGACCCACAAAGAAGAAAGCAAAGAUGAGGGCUGCAGAAAUGGCUCUUAAGUCUUUCAUCCAGUUCCCCAAUGCUCCCCAGGCGCACCUAGCCAUGGGAAGCAUCUCAAACCCUUCAGCAGACUUUACAUCUGACCAGGCUGACUUCCCAGACACGCUCUUUAAGGAGUUUGAAUCAUCCAAUGGCCUGACGAUUUGUAACCCUGCAAGCGAGAGUGACUUGCUAUCAAGCGAGUUGCUAAGACACGGAAGGCUGCUUCGUCAUACGUUGGACCUCAUGGUACAGGCUCAGCAGAGGCUUGGUGGGAUUGUUCCAGAGCCUGAGACGCCAAAGAGUCCUGUGGCGUUGCUCAAUGAGCUCCGGCCAGGCUUGCGUUACGCCUGUCUUUCAGAACGGGCAGAGGGCAGGCGCCUCCGGAGCUUUGUGAUGGCUGUACGGGUGGACGGGCGGAUAUUUGAGGGCUGUGGUCGUAGCAAGAAGCUUGCCAAGACCCAGGCAGCCCGGAGUGCUCUUCAGGCCCUCUUCAACAUCAGGACAGCGCCUGAAGGGAGGAUGGGCCUCAAAGCCAGCAGGAAGAGUUGUCCUCAUUUACCCCAGGAUUUUGCCGAUUCAAUAUUCCAGUUGGUGAGGGAGAAGUACCGAUCGCUGGUGGGUGGCUGCAGCCCAGCACACGCUCGACACAAAUCCCUAGCAGGCAUCGUAAUGACCCGAGAUUUGGACCUGAGGCACGCCCAAGUGGUGGCGCUAUCCACGGGAACCAAAUGCAUCAACGGGGAGUACCUGAGCGACCAAGGACAGGUGGUCAAUGACUGUCACGCAGAAGUGACAGUUCGCAGGGCUUUGAUACGUUUUCUCUACUCUCAACUGGAACUCUUCCUAAGUAAAAGGCUGGAGGACUGGGAGGAGUCUAUAUUCGUCCGCCACAAAGAGCACAGCUACAGGUUGAGAGACAACGUUCAUUUCCACAUGUACAUCAGCACCUCACCGUGUGGCGACGGGAGACUCAACUCACCAUAUGAAAUUACAAGCGAUUUACACAGCAGCAGACAUCUAAUGAGGAAGCAUCGAAGCCACCUGCGGACCAAAAUCGAGUCUGGCGAAGGGACGGUUCCUUUGCGAUGCCGAGGGCCUGUCCAGACGUGGGAUGGCAUCCUGCAAGGGGAACAACUCAUCACCAUGUCCUGCACUGACAAGAUCACCAGGUGGAACAUCUUGGGCCUACAGGGGGCCUUGCUGAGCCACUUUGUGGAGCCUGUGUACCUGCACAGCAUUACCGUCGGCAGCCUGCGCCACACGGGCCAUCUGUGCCGAGUUCUGAACCAGCGGCAGGAACGCCUGGGCCCUCUGCCCACCACAUACAGACGCAGCCAACCCCUACUUAGUGGGCUGAGCAACGCUGAGUACCAGCAGCAGGGGAAGGCCACGUGCGUCAGCGUCAACUGGACUGUGGGCGACCCGCAGCUGGAGGUGAUCAACACAGCGACGGGACGGCGACGGGAUUCAGGGACGCAAUCGCGCCUCUGCAAGCAUGCCCUGUUCGCCCGCUGGACCAGACUGUACCGUAAGCUGGGGGUCCACAUCUCCUGCUCAGCAGCGAACCGGGAACCCAUGUACAGCGAGGCCAAGAAUGCGGCGCGUCCUUACCAGACAGCCAAGCAGCAGUGGUUCAAGUCUCUGCAGGAGGCGGGCCUCGGUACCUGGGUGAAGAAGCCGCCGGAGCAGGAGCAGUUCCUGCUGUCCGCCUAAACGAGUCUGUGUGUGUAUGACCUUUAUUUUUGUAGGAAGAGAUGUCAAACCUCCCAGUUUCAUUCCAGGAAGUGUAGGCCUACCCUCCAAACUAAAGAUUACCGACUCGUCCGUGUGUCUGUGGUUCAUUCUGUUUAGUGUCGCCUUUUCAUCCCAUUACCGAAACCACUGCUGGACGGUCAAAGAUGAGGAACACUGGAGUUCAAACACUGGACUUUUUCCUCCGAUGUUCCUUGAACACAAACACUCAAGGUUUGAGCCAACAGCCAUCUAAAUGCACCCCGUUCCCUUCUGUGGCUGUCAAGGAAAAGGGGUUGGGGUAACCUUGAGCGGAAUGAAAGGCAGCCGCUAUCUUGUCAUCAGCUAUUUCCGGGCCCCGAGGCUCCUGCUGAGGAAAGGAGCCACAGGGGAGGGAGAGCGAGACAGACAGAGAAAGGGGAAGGGAGAAAGGAAGAAAAAAAAAGAGGGUCUACGUCCAAUUACGGGCCCUGUCAGGGUGACGGGUGAUGGAGGAAGGGAGUGAGGAAAGGGAAGGACGGGGUGUUUCACCUUCUCCUCUUUUAUUACUACCUUCAUUCUCUUCUCUUAAUUCACCCUUUUAACUCCCCUGUGCCCUCUUCUUCCCUCGGGGGAGCUAAACAUGACACGGCGGCAGGUUAGGCACCCCUGGAGAAGGUGAGGUUUAUAAGUGACAUCAUUACUACUCCACUAAAAACAAGAAGGAAGAGACCAGAAUUUAGUUCUUUUAACCUGCAGCUUCUCUGUUGUUUUUUAGUUGUUUUGAUAUAAACUCAGUAGAGACCUCCUGCUGUCGUUCUUUCCCACGUUUUGCCCCAUUCUGAUAAGUAAUGUGGACGUUUAUUUCACCCAUUACCAUCAGAUCCGAGGCCUGACUUAACACGCGUUAAAAAACAAACUUAGCUCAUCAUCAACCCCAUGUAAAUUUGCACCUUAAUGCAUUUUGUCUUUGCAUAUUUUAUCUGUGUGUCACUGUGAUGUCUUUAUAUUCAUUAUAAUCAUAACUGUACUGUUCUGUCAGCGCCGUGUUCUCUAUAAAUAAUUCAGCCGAAGCACUCAGACCGCCAGCAGCAGGAAAUCUGCCAGAUCCAAGCGGUGAGAGUGACAUCUAGUGGGAUCUCUGUUUCAUGUCCUGCAUCCAUUCAGUUUAUUUAACAAAGAUGAUCUGACAAACAGGCAAAUUUACAUGAAAUAAAAAAUACUUUAACUCUAGAAAUACUGUUUUUUUUUUAUCAUAUUUCAAUAUCAAUGUAGACGUAGUAAUUUAAUUGGGAGUUUGUGAUCUAGAUUUCUAUUAAAUUUAAAUUUGAUCUGCUUGGGCUGGACUUGUGAUCUGAACUAAUUAUAAUGUUACACUGGAAAAAACAGAAAUCAAGAAAAGUCAUUUUUUCUUAAAAUAAGUGCAUUUGCUCUUGGAUUGAGGAGGUAAAAGAGUAAUUUUGCCAAUGGAACAAGA